AUGGACUCCGAGGGCUUCACCGCCGUGCGCCGCCGCCGGGGCAGGGGCCCCCGCAGCAGGCCCGAAGCUGUACCCUAUGAGGGGGGGGGGGCCCCCCAAGACGCAGCAGCAGCAGCAGAGGGGGCCCUCACGGACGCGGGAACAGCAGCAAUGGAAGCAGCAGCAGCGCAGCUGCUGCGCCGGCUGGACCCCCAGGAAGCAGCAGCAAACCAAAGCGACUCCGAACCCGAACCCAUGCACCCCGACGGGGCCCCCCAGGGGGCCCCCCCGGGGGCCCCCCCGGGGGCCCCCCCGGGGGCCCCCCCUGGGGGGGCCCCCCAGAGGGGGCCCCCCCGGAGGAAGGAAAGAGCAGCAGCAGCAGCAGCAGCAGCAGCAGCAGCAAAUAAAGAAGAUGCUUUUAUUCGGAGGCUGGCAGUGCCGCAGCACCGGCUGAGUCCGCUGCGGCAGCAAUGGGUGGAGUUGAUAAGGCCUUUGGUGCUGCAGCUGCGGCUGCAGGUGCGGAUGAACUUGCGGCGGCGGUGCGUGGAGCUGCGGGCAGCCCCCGCUGCUGCUGCUGCUGCUGCUGCUGCUGCUGCUGCGGGGGCCCUGCUGCUGCAGCAGGGAGAUGACCUCUCCAGACUCGCCAAAGCUGCAGAUUAUGUCAAAGCUUUCCUCUUGGGAUUCGAACUCAGAGACGCGAUGGCCCUUUUGAGACUCGAAGACAUGUACUUGGAGUCCUUCGAAGUCCAAGACGUCAAGCGCCUCGCAGGCGCCCACUUCUCCCGGUGCAUCGGGCGGCUGACUGGGCGCAACGGCUCCACGCGCUUCGCCAUUGAAAACGCCACCCGAACUCGAAUAGUAAUUGCAGGAAGAAAAAUUCACAUUUUGGGAUCUUUUGAAUGCAUAAAACUGGCGAGACAUUCCAUUUGUUCUUUGAUUCUGGGAAAGCCGCAAGGCAAGGUGUACAGCCACCUGCGCACCGUGGCCAAGCGCCUCAGCCAGCGGAUCUGA